CUGCUGGAGUUCCUGCGGCUGCACCCCGACGUCCGCGCGCUCGGCUCGGAGCCCCACUUCUUCGACAGGUGCUACGAGCGCGGCCUCGCUUGGUACCGGAGCCUGAUGCCACGCACCCUGGACGGGCAGAUCACCAUGGAGAAGACCCCUAGCUACUUCGUGACUCGGGAGGCCCCCCGCCGUAUCCGUGGCAUGUCCCCGGACACGAAGCUGAUCGUGGUGGUGCGGAACCCCGUGACUCGGGCCAUCUCUGACUAUGCCCAGACGCUCUCCAAGACGCCGGGCCUGCCCAGCUUUCGCGCCCUGGCCUUCCGCCGCGGCCUGGGCCCCGUGGACACGGCCUGGAGCGCCGUGCGCAUUGGCCUCUACGCCCAGCAUCUGGACAACUGGCUGCGCUACUUCCCCCUGUCGCACUUCCUGUUUGUCAGCGGCGAGCGCCUGGUCAGCGACCCUGCCGGAGAGGUGGGCCGCGUGCAGGACUUCCUGGGCCUCAAACGGGUCGUCACGGACAAGCACUUCUACUUCAAUGCCACCAAGGGCUUCCCCUGCCUCAAGAAAGCCCAGGGGAGCAGCCGCCCCCGCUGCCUGGGCAAAUCCAAGGGCCGGCCCCACCCACGAGUGCCCGAGGCCGUGGUCCAGCGCCUGCGGGACUUCUACCGGCCUUUCAACCGCAAGUUCUACCAGAUGACAGGCCAGGACUUUGGCUGGGACUGACAAGGCCUGGCCCGCCCAUGCCCUGCCUGGGGACUCGGGUGAAACCUUAAUUUAUGCCUGUCACCUGGCCAGGGUGGGCCGUAUACAUAUACUGGGUAGAGAGGAGUAUUUACAAAAUAAAGUUUGGAUCUCUGUU